CUCUGUAUUUUGUCUUCCAUUAAAUCCAAACUCUCUUUUUCUCUGGUUUUAGAGAGAGACAGAGAGUGGAGUGAAAAAUGCAGGCGUUGAGAAGCUAGAGUGAAUUGCUUUCUUAAUAUUUACGUUCUCGCCAUCUCAGUUAUUUUCUUCUUCUGCUUAUUAUUCUUCACCACCAUUUCUUCUGUUUUUUUACGUGGAAAGGUGGAGAUUUGGGUAUUGAGAGCUCAAGCCAUAAGGAGAGAGAGAGAGAGAGAGAGAGAGAGUAUAGCAACUGGAGGAGAAAUAGGAAGGAAAAAUAAUGGAAUACAAAACGAAGUCGUGCGAUCACAUGUUGUCGUAGUCUUAAAUUGAUCUGGCGAUAUGUCCAACUACUGCCCGUCAGUUUCUUGUUAUCAAGUAGAGUUGUGGAGAAGACAAUAAUGACCCUCCACCUCACAGUCUUUUUCUGCGGCGAACUUUUAGCAGCCUGAUGACUUGUUAAUCUGACAAACGAGGAUUUUUUGACUUAAUUCAAAUCAAGAUUUUGGAAGGGCGUCUCCAUGGGAAAACAUCAAGAGGGAAAGUGUUCAAAGUCUGAGAAAUCAUCUUCACCAGCAACAGCGGAUAACACUAAUCAGAUUAAUAUUCACGGCCAUCCUGAUUGGGCAGCCAUGCAGGCAUAUUAUGGCCCCCGAGUCACUCUUCCACCAUAUUACAACCCCACUGUGACUUCGGGGCAUGCUCACCCAUAUAUGUGGGGCACACCUCAGCCAGUGAUGCCACCUUAUGGGGCAUCUUAUGCAGCAAUCUACCCACAUGGAGGGGUUUAUGCACAUCCUGCUGUUCCUCUUGCUGUAUCUCCUUUGAGCAUAGAAAUGCCUACAAAGUCUGGAAAUACAGAUCGAGGUUUAAUGAAGAAGUUGAAAGAGUUUGAUGGGCUUGCAAUGUCAAUAGGCAAUAGUACUGCUGAGAGCUCUGAGGGUGGGGCUGAACAUAGACGGUCACAGAGUUUGGAGACCGAAGGUUCCAGUGAUGGGAAUGCUACUGUGGUUGAGGCAAAUCAAGCCAGGAGGAAAAGAAGCCGUGAGGGAACACCCACCACUGACUGUGAUGGCAAGAUUGAGACGCAGGCCAGUCCAGUUUCUGCUAAGGAUGUAAAUGCAGCUCCAGACAAGGCCUUGUGCGCAAUUGUCACUCCUAGUAGUGUUGUUUCCCCUGGCAUGGCCACAUCAUUGGAGCCCAGGAACACUACUAAUAUGAAUUCGAUGACAAUAACUACUGGUGUCCUGCUGUCCUGCACGAAUGAUAGGGAGCUGAAACGAGAGAGGAGGAAGCAGUCUAAUCGAGAAUCUGCUAGAAGGUCCAGGUUGAGGAAGCUGGCUGAGGCAGAAGAACUUGCACGAAAAGUCGAAUCCUUGACUGCUGAGAAUGCAUCAAUAAGAUCUGAGAUAGAUCGAGUGACAGAACACUCCAGGAAACUGAGGCUAGAAAAUGUUACAUUAAUGGAGAAACUGAAAAAUGCUCAACUAGGACAGACAGAAGAGAUAAUUUUGAACAGCAUUGACAACAAGAGGAGGCCCCUACCUGUUAGUACAGAGAACCUGUUGUCAAGAGUUAAUAAUUCGGGUUCCAUUGUUCAGAGCACUGAGGAAAAGAGUGACAUGUAUGAGAACAGCUCCAAAUCAGGUGCCAAGCUACAUCAACUCUUAGAUGCGAGUCCCAGGGUUGAUGCCAUGGCUGCUGGCUAACACAAAAGAACCAGCAUUACCACGCUUCUUAAACUUGUGGUUUUGGCAAUAUUACAAGUCCAGAAUUACUGCUAACAGUAAGCAGAAGAAUGAAAACGAACAGCCAAAUGCGAUUGGUGCCCGUGAAAAUGCAGACACAAAUUUUUACCUGUAAGUUGCGGUUUCAGGUCAGAGCUGAUGUUAUUUUAUCAGCAGUCAAAAUGCGUGGAAAGCAACUGAAGGUAAUGUACACUGAAGAGUUAAGAGAUAGAGUCGGGGAAGGAAUAUGAACCUUUCAUAUGAUCUGCUUGUUCAAAUUGUUAAUAACCAGUGAUUUGGACCCCUCGUGGUAUGUGAUGAGAGGAUUUCAAAGCUUGUACUUAUUGCAUGUAGGUGGAGAAUGACCCAAAAAUCCACCCAGAGAAUAACUAUAUUGAUGUGAAUUUUCCGUGUCAGCUCAUACUAUGUCAUAAUUUAUGC